AUGAACUUCAGUGAAAGAACAUUGAUACCUGAAGGGGCAAUCAGGAAACUUGUGAAAAAUAACAUAAAUAAGAGAAUUGAGCCGGCUGCGAAAGCUCAGAUGUUGGAGCUGUUAAAAGACAGUUAUAUAGAGGUGCACAAUUUCAUGAAAUGGUGCGAUGAAAUCUAUGAGGACGAAAUUCCUGCUCCCAUGAAGGAUUUGCUUCAAUGCUUGGCUUCAGAAUCACCUGUCUCCUCGUACUUGCCCUCAGACAACGAGCUCAGUGUCCACGUUAACGAGCUAUGCUCAACAACCGAUACAGGCGUUGCAAUUGGAAGCAACAUCGCUGCCAUGGCAUUUAUACAGCAGGUAGCUCCUGUUAUCUUUAACGCGCUGACAACGAUCCAAUCGCUGCCCCUUCCCGAUGCAUGGAGGAAGUUGUUCCUGCUCUUGCAGAAAAAGUCGAGCAACUCGUACAACAAAGAGCCCCAUACACUACCUGUAGCUACCGAAGCUCAAAAAAAUAACGGACUCGCCUACUUCCCGAACUGGCCAGUACAGUGUUCUCGAGGUUAUUAUCAUCAGGAUAAGAAAAAAAAAUAUGAAGGGCAAUGCAAAAAAGAAGCUAAAAAAAUGACUUUGCUGCCUGGGCUUUUCACCGUAUACUGCGAGCAUGGAAUUUGCUACGGCUUCGAAAUAAUGGAGUCCCAGGAAUCACCGAAUGUACCCUUUACGAUAUUCCGGAUGAGAUUUCCAACAGCACCAAAAGCCAUAAUAUACGACAACAGCUGCCAUUUGCAUGCAUAUUGUUUAAACAGAGAUCCGGGUUUUUUUAAAAAAUGCACCUUUGCCGUUGACCGAUUUCAUUGGAAAAAUCACAAAGCCUGUGCCAGAAGUUACAAUAUGGAUAUAUACCCAGGGUUUAAAGGCACAAAUAGCCAAAUAAACGAGCAAAGAAAUGCCCAGCUGAAGAAAAUAAAGAACCAACUUUCUUACAUGUCCGAACAAAAUUUCAUGAAGCAAUUGAUCCUUUACCUGUACCACCAAAACACGAAGCUGCAAAAAUAGAGAAUAUUGCUUGACAUCUUUCAGCAUAUGUUAGCAGUAAUGAAAUAAAUGUGAUACCUUUAAUCUGUAGUGACUAUUCUCAAGCCAUAAUAUGUCUUCCAUUGUAGCAUUGUGAUUAACACCUUUCACCUUCUACGUAUCCACAAUAACAUAAUCAACAACACUUUUGUAGCGUCCCCUCGUAUUAUGUGUAUACGCCCAGUUUUGUAAUUUAGUCAGCCAGCAUCAGUAAAUUCAUCAAGGAGCAAUGGUCACACAACAUCGUCUCUUGCUGGAUCCGUGUUUUGUCGCGUUAAAUCAGAUCAUAAUUUAUAAGAACGCUGAUUAAUGAUGUUCCUAUAUUUAAGCUUAAUGUCGCAAAAGUUCUUCUAUAAAUGAGCUGUCGUUUAUAUGAUUUGAUACUCUACUUUGGAUACAUAGAAGAUGAAAGGUGUUGAUCACAAUGAUAAAAUGAACGACCAAUUACGGUUUGAGAAUAGUCACUCCAAAUUCGAAUAAAACAUCAAAUACUUAAGCGUACCUUAUAAACGAAUUUUAUACUUCGCCGAAUCAUUGACAAGCCGCCUUGCACAGAGCAGUGGAAUGUUCGCUAAGCGAUGAACAAGGAAAGCUGCAACCUAUAGAAAAGAUGAUGCAUUGCUAUCUCAUCUUUAAAUUUACUUAAAUCGAAAAUUCUAUAGCAGUAAUAAACUUUUUAUAAACGAGUUUGGAAGAAUCUAAAAAAUCAAUCAAAAUAUUCAUUUAGAAGAUUCAUUUAGCCCUUACUAAAUUUAAAGAUAUUUUGAAUCAACUUUGUUUGAUCUAUUUUUCCAUGUCAUACUACGCGACUUUACUGUUUGGGAAAAAAACUCACAUCUG